AUGACUACACCCGCUUAUGCGGUUCAUGUGUUUUUGGCUGGAUGGAUGGGAACAUUUCGACAGAAUCUGAGGCCGCUUAUCUUGCCGACGGCUUAUCAGCGCUCCGAUGAGGAUAAUUCACUACGGCGAGAGUGGCUCCUAAGAUGGACUUAGCCCAAUGAUGGGCCCGUUUUUCGACCGACUUUGUUCUGUGUGUCGGACUUCGAGGCGGAGGCACCGUCGAGCCAGUUGGAUUGUCCUCGAAUUUCUCGCUCUGCAUUCCCGAAUCUAACAGUUUUUCCAUUUAGCUCAGUCCUUCGCCUUCUCCGGACCGCCUUUUCUCGCUUUACGCUUUUCAUUUGCAUUCGAGCAUUUGUCAAUCAGUCAGUCAGUCAGGACUUGUUCGUGAUUCCUCACUCUCCUUCUUCUCUUCAUUCCAACACCCAGCCGGCCUUCCUCAUGUUCAACUACAGCAACAUAGUGGCCAACCGCACACAUUCUCAUUUUCAUUGGAUGACCUCUCCUCGCUUCUACCGUAAGCCUCUGCCAAAUGAGAUGAUCUACUGGACGCCACAAGGUUUCACUUCCAACUUGGGUUCUCUCCUUAGAUCGGACUUGUUCUAAUAACUUAUUUUCUCAUCUGCUCAACUCUGGUGCUUCUAGGAAUGUAGGUAUUCUUCAAUCUUCACGAAAAAUCCUGAGUACUCCAGUUAGAAUCAUCUUUGAAGCUUGUCUACUUUCAUCGGUUCCAGCUCUCGAUAGAAGCAAUAACACUCUGAUUAAUCAUAUGAAGUUAAACCUCCCAUCCACAAAUUGUCUUCUUUCCCAUUCUUUCUCUCAUUGUUGUAAUUUUUUCAAAGUAGGUUCUUUCAAAGAACCAUACAACCAGCUGAACUUGCGAAAUCGGCUUGGUCUCCGGCUAAAACGGGUGAUCCUGAAGAUAUCUGGAUUUGAGUUGGAUCCUCCGCGAUAAUCGUUCUUACGGGUUUCUUUGCGAUUCAAAUCUUUGCUCUUCCUUUUUCAGAGGUCAUUUCCGCGCCAGAUUUCAAUUAACUCGUUAGCCAAUUAAUUAUCCGCCCCCCUCGUUUUUCAUGAUAUCAGCUAAAGAUAAAUCCCAGUUCUUUGUUUUGUUUAUGCGAAGGCCGCUAAGAAGAUUUGGGGAUAUGGUAGCUUCAAAUUUUCAAGAAAGUUACGAAUUUUAUCAACUCAACAAAUAAAAGUGUAAAAUAUGGGAUGAAAACGUUUUUGCCUGCGUCGUCGCGGACAUUUAUGGAAAGGUGGGCGUGGCUUGGCGGUGUCCUGAGCUAACAACCCAUCCCAAGGUUCUUUCUCCCUUUUCGCUUUCUCUUUAUUCACCCCAUUUCGGAGCUCACAUUCAUCAAAAGGUAAAUAAAGUGAGUAUGUAGACGCAGACCGGCCGCACUUCGUGAUCUGAUACACUUUUUGUCCGCACCUCUUCAGUUUUACUCUACCGUAUCGCUCUCUUGACUUGAGCUGAUCAUUGUCAAGUUACUACUUUAGAGCAGCAUCAUUGGGUUAAACAAGACGACUUGAGUUUGAACAUCCGUCUCACAUUAUCCUAUGCUUGGUUUACCCUUUUCCAGACGGAUCAUUCGAACUAUUUGGUUGAAAAUAGCAUAAGAUGGAUCCCAGUUUCAGAUCUAUUCACCAACUCUUGAGGACCGAAGAAAAAAAAAACCUAGGUACCUUUUUUAGCUUACUGUAGUAUAAGUGUCUAGUUGCAGUUGUUUUAUUUUUGAAGUUCAAGCAAUAUAAUCAGUUAAAAAAAUAAAUCACUCUUGAAAAACUUCAAACUUGGUAAACUGCGAAAUUUUUGAGUGAUUAAAACUACCUAGUAAAAGUUGGGAUGCUCAAGAUUCACAAGUCCACUCUAGGGACUGCUUAGCUUCUUUAUAAAAUGUUUCCCACCUCAUGAACGGUCUGCUCAUUCGCCUUUGAACUAAAGGCAAAUAGGGUCUUUACACGAAUAGCGAAACAGUAUGAGAAAAGAAGAGAUUCAGAUGUGGAGCAUGUAUUAAUAUUUUUGUUUCAAUACAGUAAUUUACUUGUAGAGUUUUGAACUUCAAUAAUUGAAUUUUUUUAAAAAUUUGAAACAACUUACUAUUGUUUCAGUAAGAAUCUGCAAAAACCUUUCAAAUUAACUUUUGUUUCAUCACAAAAUAAGUCCAUGAACUCAAGAGCUCAUCCGGCGAUAAUACCGUGAUACGCUGCAUCGGCUGCUGUCCAAUGCUUCUGAGUUGUUUCCACAUCGGUUAAGCUCUUUUUGUAUUCAGCACUUGAAUUUCCACACGAGAUUAUAUACUUUUCAAUUUCUAUCCCCCAAUCUUUCACAUCAAGAUGUGCAUUUUAUUCUAUUUCAUUCGAAAGAACAGUCUCAAAUAAGCGGCUAUAAACCUCAUUCGAAUUGUUAUUCUAACGUGGUUAUAGACCAAAAAUUACCAUGAAAAUUGCGAAAUACUCUCUAGUUUCUUAACGAAUUCGAAAUGCUCCCAUUCCCUUAUACUAAUUUACUAAAUAUAUUUCGCAGAAAUCUAUUAAGUCGUUGAAGUUAUCCACUAAUUUUUGUCCGCAGAGCAUACGUAUAUUUUCAAUAAAUCGCCUAGGCCGACGUUUUCCUUUUUCCCACAAGUUACUCCCGUCGAUUAUAUCGAUAAAGGAAAAUCAAACUCCUUUUUGCUUUCCGCCGAAUGCAAUUAUUGUGCCGGGACGCGGACAUCCGCGCGCUCGCUUUUUCUCAGAAACUCUUUUUUUUCUUGUCUUUGACAGUCGUCGUUUUUUUCCUCAUUUUGCAUAGUUGACUCACUCUUGCCGCUUGCAACUUUCCAUCGUCUGCCAUUUAUCGGCCGAAUAAUCUUCCCAUUCGUUAUUAAGCUCUUUUAUUUUCUUGUGAAUAAGUUUCACGGAAGUUUUGAGUUUGCGAGUAGAACCUGUAGAGGAAAUAAGACUUGUUUUCCCAGUUAACUUUGCCUCUUGAGUCAACAAUAAAUGAUCGAAAGUGUACUAUAUUAUUCUGUAAAGUUUUUCCAGUUAGCGAAAAAUAAGUUUUUUUCCGAUACAGUUCAUAGAAAAGAAAAAGAAUUCUUUCAGAAUUGCUGACUCAUCGAUAAUUUUUUUAAAGCGCUCAGAGACGCAGAGCUUGGCACAGAUUAUGCUAUUGAGCUUUUUCAUAACAAAAAGUUUUUUUAGUUAUUACAUUUUUCGUUUUCAAAAAGCAUCGAAUAAUUCUUUACGAAAGUGCUGUAUUUUCGAAACAUGCAAAAAAAUAGGCAAAUAAGUCGAUAUAAAUCGGAAGAAUAUAAUCAAAAAUUGAGUUGAAUUCUCAGUAAAUUUCAGAAUAUCGAAAAAAAAAUAAUCAAAGUUUCACUUAAUUAACAACUUGAGCUUGAAACAGCAAAACUUGGUCCAAUUUAGAAUUUCAAAAUACUAUUUAGUUGGACUCGCUAUAAAUUAUCCUGAUCUGUUUCGAAAAGCAAGUUAUUUUACCAAAAAAUCUUCUAAAAUCGCCCCAUUGCCAAUCGAUACGACCCUGUAUUUUCAGUCCUUUUUUGUUUACAGUUCGGAAAACUUCACCUCCUCCUCCGUCGGUUAUUGGCGGCUUUUUGGUGUUUUAGCGGUUUUGAUACUUCGGCGAGCAUAAAAGGGCCGUCCCCUUCCUCAACCGUACGAUACUUUUACGAUUCACCCGAAUUUCGGUUUAUCGUUUCUCGAUUCUUUUCCAACUUUCAAUCGUUACUGAUGUCCGCGGGUGUCAAAUGCCGACACCGGGCGAAUGUAAUAAAACAAAAAUCGCCGUAUUUUAUCGCGCAACUCUUGGCUUUUAUUGAAUUUGAUCUUUCUCGUAGAGAUCAUUUGAGGCUUCUCAGUUUUUCAUCUGCGAAGUAGGACAAUUCUGAAAGUUUUCUUCAGUUUCGACAAGAUGAUAUAUGUGUGAAUGGUGUAUUUUUGAGCUCAUUUAGUUAAUUCUGGAAUUUUUGAGAUAGAUUUUCAUCCAAAAUUUCUCGUCAGAGUUUUUGAAGGCACAAGGCGCAAGUAAUGUAGUUCAUUACGAGACCAAUUUGAAGUUUGAAUUGCAAACUGAAGUUCUGCGUAUUUGAAAGCCGUGGAAGCAUCAUUGAACCCAGUGUUGCGAAAACUGUUUUUCUUGAUCCUGUGAAUGGGAAAUUGAUUCUUGGUUAUCAGGAGGACUAUAAUUUGUUUAAAAUGUUUUCCAAUCUGAGUUUCACAACUCGAGUAACUUGAACUAAACUGUGAGGAAAAUAUUUUCGUUCAAGAAUUUUAUUUUUCUUUUUCACAGUUCGCGUAAUUUAGUCAAGAAUUUUUCUCUUAAUUUCUCACUUCGCUCUUUCACAACCACUUUUUGUUUCAGGAUUGUGCAACGGCGCUCCACUGAGCAGCAGCAACGUGUACCUUCUGCCCGUCUCGAAGCAAGCCAUGAGCAGCGUCGAAAUCCACUGCGGCGAGGGUCCGCCAGAAGCCAAGCGUUUUCGGAUCGACGUGCCAACUCAGGUCCGAAAAACCUAGGGAAUUGUAUAAAAACGACGUAACGGUGUGCAGAGACGUGCACAGCUGCGCAAAUGGCUCCCACACCCGCGCGAUUCCCCCCAAAAGGUGGCGCCGCUAAUGAAACAACCUGUGUGCCUUUCCCGUCCUUUUCAGGGUGUUGAGCUGCAACUGUACAGAAUUCCCGGAUUGAGUUCCGUCAUUCAUUCAUGCUUGAAACCGAAUAUCACAAGUUUCUCUCGUUGGGGCCAUCUCGAUAGAAGUUUUUCAAAAAUUUUGAAGAGUUUCUCAAAAGAAGAAAAAGACCAGGCUUCUGCUAAUAUUUAAGCAGAACCUCAGAAAAAAAUUCUGUCUUUCAAUAUUUUAAAAUUUUUGCAGAAUAAUUUUUCCGUUCACAAAAAAACGUGGCCUUUUUUUUGCGAUAAACGAUACUUUAUAUAUAAUUAAUUUUAAUACAGACUAUAACUCCCACAUAAAGAUUGAAAAGUGAUCUGUUAAAAAAAACUUAAUCUUUCGGAAAAAGCGCAUUAUGAUAAUUGCUUCUUUCCUUUGUAUGUAGUUGUUGAAAAAUAUCACACGAAAGAGCUUAUUGGAAGGGCGUUAUUUUUUAUUUGGAAAAGACUGAAGCUUGAUUAUAAUGAAGAUGUGAGGAUAAACUUCCAAUAAAAGACUUUGAUGUAUAUCGAAAACAUUUUAAAAAUAGAUUCUCUAAAAUAAUUGAAAGAAGGGGAUAUAAGACUAAAAAGAGAAAAGAAACCGAAACUGGAUUUUCAGGUGGAGGUUGACGCGGCGACCGAUGUCGUUUGUUCGGUUUCGACUCCGUUGGCCGGCGAGGCUUCUCAAGAAGGACAGUCUCCCGCGGCACCUUCUUCCGCCAGGUAAACAGUUCAUUUCGGAGGCCGUGGUCGCAUGUAGAAUGGCUCACGCGUAACGGCUGCGGAGCGGGUUCUCAAAAGCGCGUCUGACUCAAAACUGUUUGCGCGCAGAGACAUUAGAAAGUACAUAAAAUAUCAAUCGUCUCAAUUUAUCCCUGAUUUUUUGACGCUUUGGACCAUUCUAAGUGGGGACGUGACAUUUAUGAGCCAAAAGAUAACUAGAAGAAAGGUAUGGGCUAUGGAUUUGGGUUCUAAAACUUAUCCUUUCAUGAAAAAUUCCAUUUUGAAUAGCUCUCAAGUUCAGCCUGUUAUAAUUUUUCAAAUUCGAAAGUUGAGCGAAACCUCCUGGAAUUCUCUUUGAGCAUGAUCUCUGAAAUUCUACUUUUCCCUCUCUGUUUCAAAGAAAAAAAUAACUCGGAUGACAUUUCCAGAGUUCAAUAAACUUUUAAAACGUCCAGUUAUAAACCAAACAGAAAUUCUUGGAAAAUUAAAUUACAGAGGUUUGGUAGGAGUGUGAUUUUUGAAGUUCAGCUUUUUAUUAUCAAUUUUUCAAAUCGAAAAAUUCAAGUACAAAACAUGAAUGAUGAAGGAGAAUAUAAAAUGUUCUCAGCUAUCGAUCCUCGAACGGAAGCGUCGUCUCGACGGACAGUCCGGUGAAGGAAGAGGAAAUCGAGCAAGAUGAAGGGCCAGAUUCCUCGGAAUGCGACAUUCUCGACAUGAUCAGCAAGACGAUGCUCUCUUUCGCAAAGGUAGAAUAUUUUUCCGAAUUGUUCAAUUCCAACAAGUUUUAACAAGGAAAUUGUGGUUCUGUGUGUGGCUGUGGUCGUUUACUAGUGUUGUUGGGAUUUUCAGCGAGUUAUAUCUAUUUCUGGAAUAUAAGCCGUCCAUCAGAACUGAUCAGAAUCAGAAAAAAGAAAAGUAUAUUACAUUCUAGGAGGAUAGGUACAAUUAAAAAGUUGAAAGAAAAGCUGAAUUUUCUGAAACAUAUGCGCUCCCCACAGGGAUCUUUAACAGUGCGGAUGUAUUGAAGGAUCUACGCAAGAAAUAAAAAAACACAUUUUUUUUUUUAGGGAUACUGUAGUUACCUUUUGUCUAUGGAGCGUUCAUGUUGUAAAGUAGUUUUAUAGUUUUUUCACUGCUAAAGUUUGUUUCGUGAAAAAGACUUCGUCGUUGAUCUUGCGGCUACCAGGAAGGAGCCUGAAUCGAAAUUUUCCAAUUUUCAUUUCCUGGCUGACUAAACGGGGGUAUGAUCAAAUGGAUUUGUUAUGUCUAAACAUCUGACUCGAGUGGACUUUCCGGAAUUCGAGUUGGUGUUGUUUGGCUCCGCGAUGAUAUAAUCGCCUACAACGUCAUUUGUCUAUGCUGCCCCAGGCAUAUCACUUCCGGUAUAACUUUUCGCACGCGCCAAUGUUGCGUCGCGUUAAUUGGGUAAUUGUUCCGCGGAAUCUCGCAUGUUGACGCAGUGUUUGUUGUUUCCAAGCGCCUGUCAUCUAUGGACUAUAAAACUGACCUCCAGCCACUGAAAAGGUUGCGGUUCUCCUGGUGGCAGCAGCGCCCAUUUUCCAACGGUCGGUAUUGUUUUUUUCACAAAGUCUUUGGAAAGUGUAUGGUGAGAGUGGAGUUAGUUUGUCUGUUUUUCUCUAAUUUUCCAUUUUCUUGAUCUUUCUUAUUGGCUUACAGUUUUUAAAAUUUCACUUUUCAUUUAAACUUUUACAUCAAUAUUUAAAUCAUUCCUGAGAAGUAUGGUAAGAUACGACUUUUGAAGGCCUCUACAUAAUUUUUAUUUAUUUCUUGAGUUUCAUAUUUUUCGAGUUACUGUAGCCUCUAUGAAGAAGUUUGAUAUUCUUACGUGUUCAAAAACAAAAUAAAAACGAUUUAUAUCAUAACCUCGCCACUCUUGCCACACUCUUACAAGCUCUUGACGUUUUACUCGACCUAUCUUCCGCCGAAAGUACUAAAGACGCGACUUAUCCGAGCUGUAGAGUGUUAUCCAGCUUUACGCGACUUGUCGGCGCCUCCUACAACCGAAGAAGUUGUCUUGGAACUCAUUGGAGUUUCUUCAGGUGGACGACCACUUGGCACGGCCCUCGCAGCUGCUCGCGUCGCUGUCGACGUCGCCAUCGCCGCUGCCCUCGGCCCCGUCUGCUCCGGUUCUUCCAGGAUCCGUCGCCGUCGCCCAGUCUCCGGCCGCUCAGCUCUUCGCCGAGGUAAACCUGAAAUCGAAAAAAAAUGAACUCUUUCAAUCAUCUGCCGUCUUCUUUGCGAAUAGUUUCUACCGUGAAAAUAAUAAUAAUAAUAUAAUGAUAAUAAUUGAAAUUAUUUGAUUUCAAGGACUAGAACAGAAGACCCAAUGAUACAGUGGUGAUGAGAAAACAAACUUUCUUCAUCAAUUUUCACAGUUUCAUGUUAUCUUUUUAUUUUCGUUUGAUGAUAUUUAUUCAUUAAAUUGGUUUUAAAUUUUCAGGAUGACUGGAGCUGGCACCGAAACCCCGCGGCGGCGAUCCGAAGUGGAGGAACGAACAAACAGACGCCGGUUUGGAAGUACUUCGUCUACAACAAGGCCGAGAACCUCAGCAGGUGAUUUCUCGAAUAAAAAGUAAAAUUUAGAGAGAAGAAGAGAAGAAACUUUUUUCUAAAUCUUGUUUCCAGAUGCAUUGUUGGAGACUGUACCUACAUGCUGAAAGGACCUCACACCAGCACCCUCGCGUGUCAUCUCAAGAAGCACGUCAAGGAGUACGCCGAGUUCCAGAAGCUCAAGGUUUCACCAUUUCUCACUGCUUCCGUAAUUCUGCGCGAUAUAAUCAAAAGUUUUUCAUUCUAAUUAUUUUCUACUCAACUAAUAUUUUAAGCUAAAUUCUUCUUCGAUUUGAUAAAUCUUUAGUUUCAAGUUGAAAUUGAAGGCUGACUACUCGCGAACGAAGAUCGACGUCCAGGGACCGCCAAAGACGAACUCCGGCGAGUUCCGCGAAGCUCUGCCCAAGUCGCCGAUCACGCCGACCAGCGAAGGCGGAAAGCCGCGAGUCAAGAAGGAGCCUGUCGCGAAGAUUGGCGACGUUAGGUCAGAACUUGUCGAUAAAAAAUUCGAUUCCUGGUGGGAGUCAGCUCAAAAAAGGGUUACAAAAAUUUUUGGAAGAACAAUAGCAAAAAAAACCGGAAAGUCAUAAGGGGUUGGCGAGAACUAUGAAAGAUUUUCAAUGGAAAUACUCGGAGACUUGAUUUAAAAUCAGAUUGAAAUGGGAAGUCACUUAUAUCGCCCUCACUGUAUGAAAUUUAUUUUUAAAAAUUUCGAGGCUAUUUUUUCGAAUAGAGAGGAUAUAAAGCUAAACUUGGAAAUGAAGCAGAAUUAAAAAACUUGAAAAUAUUUUUGCAGUCUCUGACAAUAAAGCGCACAUGAUCAUUUGAUCCACCGUGCUAUAUUUUUGUAUAGGAAUCGUUCGAAAUCAUUCUUCUUGCUUUUUUUAUACAAAAAAAUGAAAUUUAAUAUUUGUACUUUAUAAGAAUCGAAAAACACGACGCCUUAUUAAGAAAGAUUUUUUUUUCUCAUAACAUUUUUUUUAUCAACAGAUCAUGAAAGCGACAUUAAGAAAAGGCGAUUAUUCCGUUUCGAAUAGACAACAACAGCUGAAUUUCAUCAAUCUGCCAAAUCUUUAUCAUCCGAAGAUUUGAGCACUCUCUUCUUGAUUGAAAUGCUCAAAACGCUUCGGCUCAUCCUCCCGAAAAGCCUCUUAAAUUUGCAAGUUUCCGUGAGAAUCCGUGUUGAAAAGGCGCGGACUUUGAUUUCAUGAGGGCUUUUGGCUAAGUCUUGUCUUUUUUUCUUCGAAUUCCCGGAUUUCGGAGACUCGAUAUCAAGAAAAGAGUCAGCGGGGACGAUAAGACCCUUUUAACAUAAGGGAGCAUCAAAUUUUGACUUGAAUCGUGUCGGGAUUAUUUUUUCGAUUCAGAUCAAAUCGGGAUUUUUCAGCUCAUCAGAAGAGGCAUUUUUGAAUCAGAGGAUGAUGAAAUUGAGCUAUGCUGAAAAUCCAGAUAAAAGUUUGAGGGAAAAAAAACUGAAGUUUUGUUUUUCUUUCAAAUUUCGAUAAUAUUUUAGAUAUUGUAAAAAAAUUUUGAUUUUUUCUUACGCACUUAGCAUUGACUUGGUUUAAAAAAAUAAAAUUAAAAAAUAAACCGUUCUUGAAGUUCAAAAAUUAAAUCAGUAGUUUUUAACUCACGAGUUUGAAGUAAAAAAACUGAGCAGGCUUUUUGCUUUGUCAGGCUCAGAAUAAAAAUCUUUAGAUCUUGAAAAAAAGGUGAAGUUUGAAUAGAUGAACUUAGAAGAAAAAUUCGAAAGGAUGCGUAUUUGCUCAAAAAUACUAUGAAAUAAAGAGAAAAUUUCACGUAAAAGUCUUACAGCUCGCUGAUGAACGUCUUCCGAACACCACCGAUUUCCGCGACGACGCCAACGAUGCCGACGAUGCCGAACCUCAUGCAGAACCUGAUGAUGGGGGCGAUGAACCCGCUUCAGAUGAUGCUGGCCCAGUCGUUGCCGACGUCUUCCAACUCGUUCACCCCGGCCCACGCCGCCGCUCUUCAACAAGCUGGUGAGCUCUUCGACUCCCUGAGAACCUUCGGAACUUGCCUUGUUCAGUGUAUGGUUCGGCUGGAGGACUUGCGGUGAAUCCCGGCGGCCAGAUGAUGCAGUCGAAGAAGUGGCGGAAGGACGACCGGAAGCAGAAGGAACUCGAGACGAAGCUGGCUCUUGCCCUCUACAGCUCGCAUGUUGGAUUCGAUGUGAGCAUAUAAAAUGGUUGAAAGAGUGAAAAAGGAUGUUAACAUUGGAAUAAUAAAGUCUAAUAGAAAAAGGAAAACCUGAAUAAUUGGAAAGAAAACGUUUUUCAAUUUUCACUGAAAAAAAAUAAAGCUUGAGACGAUUUUUUCGAACCUCCAAGGAUUGAAUUUAGCCCGAAUAGUACAAUGAAAAAGAAGUGAACAAAAUAGAUGACAAAAUGAUCCCUCCAAUGAUCAACAAACUUAAAUACCAAAUGGGGGUUAGCACCGUCUAUUCAGACAAUCUUUUCCUCCAGCCGUUUCCACAAAUCAGCUGUUAGAUGUAUUUGAUUGUUUUGAUGUUUUAUUUUUUGUAUUUGUCGUGCAGAUUGCGGAAUGGCGAAAAAACAUUUGAAAUGAAUGAAUGAAGGCUCUCCAGAUUGAAAAUUCAUUCAUCUACACAACAAGUAGGGAAGUUGAAACGUAUGCAAAUGGAGAUUGUGCCAAACGUGUUUGAAAAUAGUCAGACCUUCACGUCAUUUCUCCGCAUUUUAUCAUUUUAUAGGUUCUGCACAAUCCCCACUGGAAGGAACUCUUCGAAGUGGCUCAGCCCAAGUUCACCGUGUGCGAAGAAGUUUCCAUCUAUGAGCAGGUUGGAUUGAAAUCAAAAGGGAAAAAUCAAUAAUGAUUAUCUAGAUCGUCUCUGCGACUUGCCUCCGUCUGCAGCAAUCGAUGCGAUCGAUGCUCCAUUCGGCUAAACGCGUCAGUCUCCUCGUCGACGCCGUCGAAAUCGCGACGCCUGGCUUUUCUGAAGCCGCGACGCACAAACUCGUCGUCGCCGCCUCGAUCCCUGUCGCCACCGGCGCCACCCACGAAAUCCAGACCAUUUUCCUGGCCUUCCGAACAGUCGCCCCCAGUGAUAACCUCUCCGAAUCUGUUGGAAAAGCCGUCGAGCAGGUUUUCCGACCAGAAAUCUUGUUUGCGAAUCUUGGCUCUUUCUAGGUGAUCUCGGACUACGGUAUUGUGGCGGAAUCUAUCAAUAGAGUCGUUUGCUCUGGAAUCAGAAACCUCAUCGGCGAAGAGUGCGGCAAUGUCGUCGAUAAGCAGGUUUCAGGAAAAAUCCAAGAAAUAAUCUCAAUGUGUUCAUUAAGAUUGAAUCCUUCGCUAGCUGUCUUCUGUCGGCUCUGAACUUUUGGCUAGAAAACAAUUCGACGGUCAAAAGCCUCCACGAAUCCGUUAUUGCGAUGCUGGACUCCUUGUUUGCCGAAACGAAGAAUUUCCCAGGAAAUGCGAAACUCGGUAAGCUUUCACAGUACUGCAAAACCAGAACGAAAUUUUAUUAUAUUCUCAUCUUCAUUCAGAUCAAAUAUAGAUUAAUGAUUUCCAGAGUCCCUUCCGAUCCUUCUGGAAGCGGUGGUCGGCAUGCGCGAUUGCUUGAAACUCAACAACACCGACCUGACCGAGCAGCAGUGGAGCCGAGUAUACGGCCUGAAUAGCCUCUGCAACGUCUUCAAGCAGUACGUCUCGACGACGCCAGGCAGUGACGUCACCACCAUCGACAGCGUCCUUCCAACCAUUCAGCAGAUCUUGCUCACUCUUGAGAAGGUGCGAGACUUUUUGGAGAUGAAGUUAACAGUUUUGAAUUCAGGACGCCUACAACCUCGGCGAGUUGGGAUUGGAGCUCCGGGAUAUCAUCACCGAAAGAAUGGCUUUCGUUCUUGACGAGGAGUGCAGCGAGUUUGACCCCACCUUUGUUCAGGUAAAAUAAAUGAGAUAAAAGCCAAAAACCAGUAGAAUUUCCAGGCGACCGCCUUGAAUCCGCAAUUGGCUGUCAUUUUGUCGCCCGAUCAGCUGGCCUGCGCCAAGAGAACUAUCGAGAAAGAGGUAUGGGCUGGGAAAUUGACGGAGCUAAGCUAGUUUGACGAAUUCUUGCCUUACACUCCUAAAGAAAUACAUGUUGAAAUUGAAUAAUUCAGCUUUCGAAACGGGCAGUUUCGAUCAAAAAAGAACGAAAACUGGCGAUUGGAGUCGACGCGAUCCUGGCCAACGUGAUGAAGAACGUGAGCGAGUCGAACGAGCUCACCUUCUACGGAGACUUGUUCCAAAACUCCCAAAUCAAGGUUUCUUUUGAAAAAUGAAUUUUCAACUCCAUUGAUUGUUCCAGAAAGAGGACGACAACGCCAAUGAAAGCAUCGUCAACUCCUAUUUCGAGGAAAUUUCGAACUCGGUGAGUGGAAAGACGAAGAAGAUCAGAGCUUUUCGAUAGGAAAAACAAUUCUAAAUGUUUAGACAGCAGUUCAGGGCUUCAUCUAGGAAAAAUGUGAAAAAAAAAGACUCUGAAGCCUCAGGUAAAAGUCUAAAAAUCAAAUCAUUUUGUGCAAAAAUAGAAAUAUUUUUUGGUUUUAUAAAGAAAAUGUAUCAUUCCAACUCCGGAAUUUGCAGUCACCGGUGGAGUCGCUCUUCUCGCCGUUGGUGCGAACCUUCGGCAACCCUCUGCAGGCUCCUCUGGCCUACUGGAGGUCGUGCUCAGCCAAGUGUCCGGCACUGUCCGAACUCGCCGCCGAGCUUCUCUCUCUCCCGACCUGCACCCUCACCGUCGACCGUGCUCUCUCCAUGCACACGUCACUGUCGCCGUACGCGAAGCUCGACGCCGCCGGCCGACUUCUCGCCACGUCGGAGAAUGUCGAACGACAGCUUCUCCUCCGUCUCAACCGCAAUUUGGUCGCCAAAAUGCUCUGA